UUUGGAAUGAAGACUAGAAGUUGACGACAAUUGGAGUUGACGACUGGAGUGUUGCGCUAGCUUGUUUAUUACGUGUUCGGAAAUCCUUUCGAUACCGAAUGUGACGACGAAGCAAGAUUGCGAUGAGUGCGAACAACGGGCCAAAUGAUGGUGCCAUGGUGGUGGCGGAGGAAACGGAAACUGGAACGACGACGGAACUGACAACAAUGACGGGCAAGGCAGAGGCGGAGGUAGUGGAGGAGGUAAUGGAAAUGGGAAUGGUGGCGGUAAUAACGGAUGGGGUAAUGGAAAUUGGGGAAAUGGAGGAAACAACGGGUGAAAUAACGGAGCAAGUAAUGAUGGUGGCUGAAACGGCGGAAACGGUGGAAAUGGUAACAAUGGUGGCGGCAACGAGAGUGGUAAUUAUGGAGGGAAUAACGGUGACAACGAAAAUUGGAACUGGAGGUGGACGAAGCGGAGGAGGGGGGACAACUGGAGUAAUGGCUCGAGCAAUGGAGGAGCCGACUGAAAGCGCUCCGUGCAGAGGGGGCUUGGGGGGAACGACGGGGAACAACUCUUGCAGGCUCCGCUUCGGAGCGGAACCUAAUGCGGGUUCCAACGCAGUGGGGUUGGCGCUUGCGGAGUGUUUGGCUAAGCGGAGGGGGACUCAAGGGGAACGAGAUAUUCGCUACACGCACAAGCGGGCAGUCGUCUUCGAAUGGAUGACAAGUAGGAGAACAAGGCCUCGAAGACGGAGCGGCAGCGGGUGCAAGCCGAUCUCGUCUUAUGCGAGAGCCAGGACGACCCCCGUGAGCGAAUUGGCGGCAGAGGUGACGGUGGAGGGCAGUUGUUAUAAUCCGAACGAGGAGAUAAAAAAAAUGGGAGGUCUGCAGGUAUUGGUUCCCAAGGACAAGAGUUUGACACGUCAGCACCUGGAUAAGCAUCUGGAGAAGCAGAUGGUUUUGGGAGUAAAUGUCGUUUACUCGACCUUUUACACUUUCGAGUCGUUGUGCAUUUAUUCUCGACGGGACACGGUAGCCUUGCCCGGGUUUUCCUCCUACUUCACUCGGCGCGCAGUGGAACAUUGGCGCUGGGCGGCGAGCUUGUGCUGGUUCCUUGGCCGUCGAGGCGGGAACGUGGUGUUGCGGGAGAUCCCCCCACCUCCCGCCGUUUUCCAUAAUCCGGAAAAGGGGGAUGCAUUGUACAUGAUGGAGUACGCGCUGGCGCUGGAGAAAGUGGAGUAUGAGAAGAUGCUGGAGCUGUUUCGUGCCGCAGAGAAAUCCAGCGACGGCGGCGUGAUGAACUUUUUGCAGACCGAGCUGCUUGUGCCGUCUGUUACGGCAAUCAAGCGCUGUGCAGAUUACGUCAGCCAGCUCAGACUGAUUGGGAAGACAGCUGGGCUCUUCACGUUCGAUCGCAUGCUGCUGAGGGAGAUGGAGGAGGAGGGGGUCGGGAUCGGGGAGGUGAUCGAGCAGCAAGUGACAAGGCAAACGCGGUCCGAGGCGACUGGGGGGCUCUCACGCAAGAGGAGGAGGCAGGGGAAUGCCGAGAGCGCGGGCUGAGGAGGGAGGGGGAGGGGUCGUCACUCACACAGGGAACGAAAUGAACUGGACGUCGUCCCGAUCCCGACGAGCGGCUGCUGGCAGGCCUUCUGCAAGACUUAGUUCUCACUCGCAUAUAGAACGCGCGCCGUAGUUAUCGACGUUACGCUAGAGCCAGUUUUUCUAAAUGAUGUAUCUGGACGUCGAGAUUGUCUCAAUUCACUAAUGACGUUCGAUCCAAACGAAGUGUAUCUGGACCAAUAUCCGUCCAGAUGCAUGAAGAGUGUUGAGUAGUGGAGCGAGGCUCGUAGACUGAAGGUUGGAUGGAAUACUUAGCCCGAAUGACCGUACGGGAUAUUCGGGUUGGGAGAAGGUAGGAGUAAUCCGCAGCCCCGGUCAGAUAGAUGAUGGAGGAGGAGGAGGUGACUCUCGUCUUCCCGCGAAUAUAACGCACACUGAUAAUGAAUGUAUACAGGCGAU